GGCGGCGGGAAGGUUUUUACGCGCGGAGCGGCUGACAGGUUCGUGGAAGUGCCGGUUCCGGCGCGUGGAGCCGAGGCUGUCGGCGGGGCGGAUAGGAGCCGGGCGUCGUCUCUGCCGUUGCCUUUUGGAGCUCUGGUCGCCGCAGCAUGCGCUUCUUCCUCUUGUGGAGCCGACGGGGUGGAGGGAUGCGCUCAGGAAGGACGUUUGGAUCUCCGGUUCAGUUUUAGAAUGGCAUCUGUCUCAGCUUUCACAGAGGAACUGGACUCUGUAACCAGUGAGCUCCAUGCAAUUGACAUCCAGAUUCAAGAACUUACAGAGAGACAGCAAGAGCUCCUUCAGAGAAAGUCGGCCCUGACAAAGAAAAUCAAGCAGUGCUUAGAGGGCUCUGCUGCUGAGGCGAGCGGCGACUGCGACAGCUCGCCAGCUGCGUGGAAUAAAGAAGAUUUUCCAUGGUCCGGAAAGGUAAAAGAUGUGCUGCAAAAUACUUUUAAACUGCAAAAGUUCAGACCUCUGCAGCUGGAAACUGUCAAUGUCACCAUGGCAAGAAAGGACAUCUUUCUGGUCAUGCCCACAGGAGGAGGAAAGAGCUUAUGCUACCAGCUGCCAGCACUGUGCUCGGACGGUUUUACACUUGUGAUUUGCCCACUCAUCUCUCUUAUGGAAGAUCAGCUGAUGGUUUUAAAACAGUUGGGAAUUUCAGCUACUAUGUUGAAUGCUGCUAGCUCUAAGGAACAUGUAAAAUGGGUUCACGCUGAAAUGGUGAAUAAAAACUCCCAGUUAAAGCUGAUUUAUGUGACUCCAGAGAAAAUUGCAAAAAGCAAGAUGUUUAUGUCCAGACUGGAGAAAGCCUAUGAAGCUGGGAGACUGACUGGAGUCGCAGUGGAUGAAGUGCAUUGCUGCAGUCAGUGGGGUCAUGACUUCAGGCCUGAUUAUAAGGCCCUCGGCAUCUUAAAGCGCCAGUUUCCCAACACCUCACUGAUUGGGCUCACUGCAACAGCAACCAACCAUGUUUUGAAGGAUGCACAGAAAAUCCUGUGUGUGGAAAAAUGUUUGACCUUUACAGCAUCUUUCAACCGACCAAAUCUUUAUUAUGAGGUUCGGCAAAAGCCCUCAAGUGCUGAAGACUUUACUGAGGACAUUGUAAAGCUCAUUAACGGACGGUACAGAGGACAAUCAGGAAUCAUAUACUGCUUUUCUCAGAAAGAUUCUGAACAAGUUACCAUUAGUUUACAAAAGUUGGGAAUUCAUGCGGGCACUUACCAUGCCAAUAUGGAACCAGAAGAUAAGACCAAGGUUCAUACACAAUGGUCAGCCAAUGAGCUUCAGGUGGUAGUGGCAACAGUUGCAUUUGGCAUGGGAAUUGAUAAGCCAGACGUGAGGUUCGUCAUCCAUCAUUCAAUGAGCAAAUCCAUGGAGAAUUACUAUCAGGAGAGUGGGCGUGCCGGUCGCGAUGACUCCAGAGCAGAUUGCAUUCUGUAUUACGGCUUUGGAGACAUAUUCAGAAUCAGCUCGAUGGUGGUCAUGGAGAAUGUGGGACAGCAGAAGCUGUAUGAGAUGGUGUCAUACUGCCAGAAUAUCAGCAAGUGUCGCCGUGUGUUAAUAGCACAGCAUUUCGAUGAAGUGUGGAAUGCAGCCGCCUGUAACAAAAUGUGUGACAACUGCUGUAAAGACGUUUUGUUUGAGAAAAAGAAUGUAACACAGCACUGCCGAGACCUGAUCAAGAUUCUGAAGCAGGCCGAAGGACUGAAUGAGAAGCUCACCCCACUGAAGCUGAUUGAUGCUUGGAUGGGAAAGGGAGCAGCCAAGUUCAGAGUGGCUGGCAUUGCUGCCCCGGCCCUUCCCCGAGAGGACCUGGAGAAAAUCAUCGCACAUGCUCUUCUGCAGCAGUAUCUCAAAGAAGACUACAGCUUCACGGCUUAUGCUACCAUCUCGUAUCUGAAGGUGGGACCCAGAGCGAGCCUUCUCAGCAACGAAGCCCAUGAUGUCACCAUGCAAGUGAAGAGAUCCAUACAGAGCAGCAGUAGGGCUGCAUCAUCUGAAGCCUGUCAGUUCCAACAAGUGGAUUUGAAAGGGGAAGAAAAAAGUUCAGGUAACUUCCAGAAGUCUAAAAACAGGCUUCAGCCGUCUGGCUCUAAGAACAUAGGCGCUAAGAAAAGAAAACUUGAUGACGCCUGAGUGUUACUUAAUCUUGCACAUAUAACUGUUUAUGUAUAUAUAUGUUGGGGUCAUUUUUAUAAUCAGCUAUAAUUUUUGAAACAACUUCAUGUUUUAUACAUAUAAACCUGUAUUUUCAGAGCUUACCUUAUACAAUAAUGAACAAUACAACUUUUAUGUAAAGUUGUCUAAAUGUAAUAUAUCUCACAUUAAGUCCACAUAACUUUUGUAAGCCCCUUGCCUUGCUGUAACGAGCUGUUAUCUUCUGAUGUGACUCUCCUUUAAAGCAGUCCUAUGCUGACAUGGGCUCACCUUUCCAAGUGGGUGACAUUUUAAGCUGAGCAAUGUAGACGACUUCUGGUGAGAAAAGCUGCUGUUGUAAUUCAGAUAAAAACAGUAAUUCAUCAGUACCUGUGUAUCAGCAAGAAGGUUCUGCACAUUCUAAGUAAAUCAAGACAGCAAGCCUCCUGAAACCCCAGCCUUACUUUGAUGUUCAGGCAAAUAAAGGAUCUGGUUGCAUUUGUAUGAGUCAAGGUUUAUUGUCAACUCUAUAUUAGGAACGUGCAUCUGCAAAUUAGUCAUUAAAUGAAUUCAUCC